GGUAUAUUUCCGGUUGAACCUUAAACUCGGCCCAAUACCUGUCGCUCCCAUUCUUUCCCUCCAUUUGUCGUUGGCCAUGGCUCCCGCCAGCGCUUUCAACCAUUUCCCGUCCACUCAUUUCCUUCUGCAGCCAAGCAACAACACUCUGCUUAAUAACUUCUCCUCCUUUCCUCGACUCUCCAGAAUUGUUUCCCCAUUUCGGUUCUUCUCUGUCACAGCUUCCGACAACCCGAGGCCUUCCGGCGGGAGACAGGCUAUGAAUCACUCGGCCAAUAGAGCCAGAACCACAAGCCCGAAAAGAUCUAAACCCAAGUCUUCUCACGGAACUUCCCGGAGGUCAGCGCUUAAAAAGACCUUCACGCAGGAGCAGGUGAGCUUCGCCAAUCGGGUUCCAGAUGACCCGGUGGUUGGGAUUAUAGGAGGUGGGAUGUCUGGCCUGGUCUGCGCGCUUUACUUGGAUAAGAGAGGCAUCCGGUCCACCGUUUUUGAUUCGGUUGGUCGUUUUUAGUUUCCAUUUAUUCAAAUUGCUUUGAGUAUUCAGUUGCAGAUGAGAGGAAUGCGAAUUCCUAAGAGGGGAGUUCAUGGCUUAGGUGGAAGAAUGGGCACACGGAUAAUUGAUCCCCAAUCAUUGAUAUUUGAUCAUGCAGCUCAGUUCUUCACUGUGAAUGAUCCCAGCUUCUCAGAGUUGGUAAAUGACUGGUCCAACAGGGGUCUGGUUGAACAGUGGCAUGGUACCAUUGGGGAGCUUCAAAAAGGAGGGAGAUUCACCCCUUUUCCAUCUUCUUCACCUCCAAGAUAUAUAGGGGUCAAUGGAAUGCGCCCACUUGCAGAUUCAAUACUGUCCCAGACUAGCUUGGUCAAAGUUGUACGUCCGUGUUGGAUUAGUGCCCUUGAUCCAUAUAAUGGGACAUGGCACCUGAGUGAGAAUGGGAAAUCUUGUGGCCACUUUGAUGCAGUUGUCAUUGCACAUAAUGGAAAAUGUGCAAAUCGUUUGCUUGCGUCAUCAGGUCUUCCAAUAAUUGCAAGACAAAUGAAGCGACUUAAGUUGAGUUCGAUAUGGGCUCUUCUUGCCACAUUUGAGGAUUCCCUUCCAAUAGCCAAUGCAGAUUUUGCUAGCUUUGAGGGAGCCUUUGUUAAAGGGGUUGAUUCUGUCUCAUGGAUGGCAAAUAAUACCAAGAAACUGUCGGGUUUCAAGACCGUUGGUCCUCAUUGUUGGACAAUUUUGAGCUCAGCAGCAUUUGGAAUGCAAAACAAAGUUCCACAGGUAGUUCUAACAUAUACCGUGUUUGUAUCAGCUAACCUUCAACUAACCUUAUAAAACCAGCUAGCUUUUUACUACCACUUAGUCUUCUUCGCACUCCCUCUCGAGUGGGAACAAUAUAAGUCAUAUUGCAUCCAACUUGCCGCAAAAUAUUACCCCAUACUGGGACGUACAAGAGGUUAUGUUGAUAUGUUUGCAAGUCGAUCCAGAAAAUUAAUGAAGCAUGCAAUGGUGUGUCGGAGCACAAUCUUCUCCUUCGUGAAGUGACAAUCGACCAGCUUGGCCCUUUCAGAAUAUAGCGGGUUUGAGGUCAUGUGGAUGCUGUUUGGUUAUCAAAUAUAAGAGUUGAUUCACUCACUUGUGCAUUGCUGCUACUCUCUAGUCCCAUAAAUGUAGAACGCCUGUCUUGUGGACAACUUUCCGAUUAAACAUCAGAAUAUCCAACCAUCUAGAAAUGAAACCUAUCUUCAUAGAGUAGUCUUUUGACCCAAUGCCUUGAUGUAUAUCUCAAGAUCCAAAUAACAGCAUGCCAAUAGCAACUAUGUGGAUAAGCUAUAAACAGACUAAGCACACUAAUCAUACAAGAGAUACCAUGUUGUGAAGGUCUUCAAUCAAGCAAGCCGAUUUCUUCAUGAACAUUCAGGGCAUACUUUCACAGGGAAAUGACUAUACCACUAACGGACUGAGAUACCAGUUUAGCAACACAAUCCCGCAGUUCGGCCAGCUGGUGUUCGACAGUAGCUGGUGUUGGUCAAUGCCCUCAACCAUGUGUUUCAAUGCCUCGGCUCCUGCUGCGUCGUUGCCCAUUGUCCCGGGUUCUGAUACCAAAUUGUUAAGAACCUGUGUUAUUGAAGUCUAUGAUUUCUGAAGAAUUGAAAUCUUAAGUAGGAAUUAAAAUAUUAAAUUAAUGUCUGACCUAGUCAAGACACAAAAUUAAUUCUUCCAAAAGUACUUUAUUGAUAAUAGUAAUGACCCUUAUAUAGAGAGGCUAAUAUAAGAGUCCUAAAGACAAUUAAUAAUUAGGAUGUUGUCUAAAACUGAAAUAGGAAUAAUAUUAUAAUUAGGAAGUUGCCUAAAACUGAAAUAGGAAUAAUAGCAUAAUUAGGAAGUUGCCUAAAACUGAAAUAGGAAUAAUAGUAAUAGAUUAAUAACUAAAUAUUAGUAGUUUCCUAAUCAAUCUGCAACACUUAAGAUUACCGAUUAGUUAUUCCUACAACUUAUAUUUUCUUUUAGCCACUUUGUUUUCCAGCAUAUUUGGGCUCACUGUCCGGGUAUGAAUCUGCAAUAUUCUGGGUUUGUUCUUGGCCCUGUCGCCUGCUGUAUUGUUUGCCUCAGAAUGUAUCUGUAACAGAAAGUAUCUCAACUUGCCCAGAUCCUUAUUUCAAAUGACUUUCAAGAUUCAUUGCCAGAUUAGCAUGGCUCUCAUUCUAAAUGCGAAAAUUGAAUUCUAAAUACUAGGAUGACUCGAAUGAUCAAAUAAUUGACCUGGAGAUUGGUGGAAUGCAGGCCAGAACAAUGAUUGUUAAAAACAGAUCUAGAGGAAAGUAUUCCAACUGAUACAGCUGUGAAAGUAAAGGAAGCUAUGCUUGAGGGCGUUGAAAAAGCUUUAGGACUUCCACCCAGAUCACUUAAAAGUCCAUUCUAUACACGGUUACAAUUAUGGGGUGCAGCACUUCCCACAAACACUCCCAGCAUUCCUUGCAUCUUUGAUCCUUAUGGAAGAGCAGGUGUAUGUGGUGACUGGUUACUCGGUUCAAGUUUGGAAGCCGCAGCCUUAAGUGGGAUGGCUCUUGCUAAUCAUAUUGCUGAUUACCUGCAAAGUGGUGGAGAGCGUCCUGAAGGGUUUGCUGCUGGUUUGCACAACGAAUUCGAAUCAAUCAAUGGGCAUGACAUUGGUCAAUUUCCCCACCUGGAGCCGAAUGGCCACAUUGAGAAUUCCUUUGUUCCUCUCUGAUCGUGACAUGACUAUUUCUGUAAGUCAUUGCUGGUAGAGUGGUAGUGCUAUGUUAUGAAAAGAAAAAACCGGGCGCAAGGGUUUUAGACUUUUAGGAUUUAUGUACCACUUUCCUUGGAGAUUACAGAAAAUUACAUACAAGUAUAACCUUUUUUUUAAUGUGUACUGGUUUACGCUUCUUAAUUCCAUUUAUUAUUCAGACCCGAGCUCGAAUUGAACCUAAACUCAUUAUUUAUAUUAACAUCACGUUUUGCAA